AUGGCUCAGGAAAUCAAGAAUACAGAAAUUCAAGUUGGUUUAAUAGGUUCAUCCAAUGUAGGUAAAACCUGCAUUGUCAUUAGAAUGGUUGACGACAAAUUUGAAGAGAAUGUAGCUUAUACACCACAAUUAGCAUAUCACAAACUAAAAGACCAGAAUCUUAAUGGACAUAUGUAUGAUAUAACUUUCAUUGAUACUGCCGGUACAGAGAGAUUCCGUUCAUUUAACUGGGUUGGACUUAAAAAUGCCCAAUUAUUUCUUUAUGUUUAUGAUGUUACAAACCCUGACUCUCAUGCUGAUAUUGCAACUCUCUUACAAGACGCUGAUAAUCAAUCAAUUGACCCUAGUAUUCCAAAGUUUUUAAUUGGAAAUAAAUUCGAUGAAGGUGUUUGCAAUGAAUUAAAAGAUAAUAAUGCAUAUGAAGGUAGGUUUGUUAAGAGUUUCCUCUUUUCUGCUAAAGAAGGCAGUGAUCGCGAAAAAAUAAUUCAAGAAAUCCUUCAAUAUGCUACACAGUCACAGAAUACUCAUCAGACACAGCUCACAGCUAAGAAGAGUGGCUGCUGUUAA